AUGAGAAUGCUUCUGCACUUGAGCGUUCUGACUCUCGCCUGUGUCUGGGCCAUGGCUAUGGAGAUUCCCAUGAGCACAGUGGUGAAAGAGACCUUGAUACAGCUGUCUGCUCACCGAGCUCUACUAACAAGCAACGAGACGGUGAGGCUUCCUGUUCCUACUCAUAAAAAUCACCAGCUGUGCAUCGGAGAAAUCUUCCAGGGGCUAGACAUACUGAAGAAUCAAACUGUCCGUGGGGGUACCGUGGAAUCGCUCUUCCAAAACUUGUCACUAAUAAAGAAAUACAUUGACCGCCAAAAAGAGCAGUGUGGCGAGGAAAGGAGGAGAACGAGGCAGUUCCUGGAUUACCUGCAAGAGUUUCUUGGAGUGAUGAGUACUGAGUGGACAAUGGAGGACUGA